UGAUAACACACUGUUGGGGUCGUCGACGGGCAGGCAGGUGUCCAUUGUGUGAUUCAUUUGCGGUCAAGUGGGCAGUUAAAGGGUGACACCAUCGGGCCACAACAUGUUUAAUCCAAGCUCUGCUGCAACAUUGGCCGCUACAACACUCCUUGUGGGAUUGCUGCUGUUCAAUACGUCUUUGGUGGUGGUGUUCAUCACGGUAUUUCUUCUCAUAUGGCUGUCAACGCGGCGUCCCCCUGGUCUUCCCCCCGGCCCCCCUCUCUUACCAAUAGUGGGCAAUAUCCUCUCCAUGGACGCAGACCCCAGGGUGACAUUCAGCAAACUGCGACGUCAGUACGGCGACAUCUUCAGCGUGUACAUCUUCAACCGGCCACUGAUUGUUCUCAGCGGUUACAACGUCAUCAAAGACGCACUCGUCAAGAACGGCGAUGUUUUCUCAGACAGGCCCUACUCUUUUAUGACCGAUUUCUAUGCUGGGAGGAAAGGAAUCGUCCACACAUCUGGUUCCAACUGGAAGCAGCAGAGGAAAUUUGCCCUGUCUUCCCUCCGAGAGUUUGGGAUGGGAAAGUCGUUUUUGGAAGCCAACAUACAAGAGGAGUUAUCGGAUUUUAUGAAAGUGAUUGAAGACAUGGGCGGUGAUGCCUUUGAAUGUAAACGUCUUGUCCAUAAUGCUAUGGCUAACACCCUCUGUUCAAUGUGUUUUGGCAAAAGAUUUGAAUACACUGAUCCACGAUUCUUAAAAUUCCUUAAAAUGAUGGACGAAAUGUGUGAAACGCUGGGCACAGGGAAGGUUUUGAAUUUAUUUCCUGAGGUUCGAUAUCUGCCUGGAGACGUUUUCAGCUUCAAGAAACUAAUGAACAUGAAACAUACAAUUGAUGAGGAAGAAAUAAUAAAGAACAUUGAGGAACACAUAGACAAUGUCGACGUAGACAACGUGGACGACUUCAUAACAGCCUACUUCAGGGAAAUGCGACGUCGUGGACAGGGAGACGAGGCGUUUGACAUGGGUCAUCUGAAGAUGUCGAUGUUUGAUCUGUUUAUUGGUGGGACAGAGACAACUGGCACCACUAUCCGCUGGACUCUUCUUUACUUCCUCCAUUACCCGGAAGUACAGGAGAAGUGUUUCCGGGAGAUCCAAGAACACAUCGGGCUUAGUAGGCGACCUUCCAUGAAGGACAAGACCAGUCUUAACUACGUCACUGCCACCAUUACUGAGGUACAGCGAUGUUCCGACAUUGUUCCCACUGGGAUUCCCCACUCUGUGUCCAAAGAUGUCCUUUUCCAUGGCUACACGUUCCCCAAGGGAGUGACGGUCAUCACCGACUUAGAGUCCGUUCUUCAAGAUCCGGCUGUGUGGGGGGAUCCAAAAACCUUCAGGCCUGAUCGUUUUCUGGAUGACGCAAGGAAAUAUCAAAAACGAGAGGAAUGUAUCCCCUUCUCUCUCGGUCGCCGAAAGUGUCUUGGUGAGUCGUUUGCUCAAAUGGAGUUAUUCCUGUUCAUAACGUCCAUCAUCCAGAGGUUCCACAUCCUGCCAGACAAAGGCACGCUGCCUCCUCUCAAAGGAAUAAUAGGCAUUACAAAUGCAGCUCCGAAUUUCAACAUUCGGGCUGUACCUCGAGAUUGUUGACUUAAUCUUCCCACCUGUCGACCAGUACAGUUUUCUACAUCAAUAAACGGAUGUAUUCUAAGAUAUCCACCAAUAUAAUUAGUUUAACAAAGUGAAUUAUACAGUUAGUUAUAACAUUAUUAACUGAGAGAUUUCGAAAACAACUUUCGAAAUGUACUUUAUUGAUAUCUAAACAUUUGUGGUAUCCGUUACUUUCUUCAUGGUUCACGAAAAUAACUAAUUCUCCCGCACACCGAAGUAAAUAUACUAUUUGUCAACGACAUUGUCGGUCUGUCACCUUUAUCACCCAUUUGAAUUUAUUAAUAUAUUCUUUGUGUCUCUGUGUGAAUUAUUAAUAAUUAGUUUCAAGAGUUAGUGUUGUAUGUUAUUUAGUUAACUAUAUCAUAAGCUCCAUAAAAUCCUGAUCCACAAUGUUCAGGUCGUAGUUAUUGUGAAAUGGGAAUAUGUGUAUCACACAUUCAAUGUAAUGACAUUUAAAACUUCCUUUUUUAUAUAAAAUAUCACAAAUUGAAUAAGUGAUAUCACAAAUUCGGUUAAACGAUAUCUUAAAAGGAUUUAUUGAAAUCACAAAAUACAUUUUAAUCAUCAUUGACUCAUCCCAAAGGAAUAUACAUCAGAAUAUUGUUUAUAACAUAAAUGAUUAUUUUAGGAUAUUAUAAAAUUGAUUUUGUGAUACCAGUUGGUGAUAUCAAUAAAUGGAUUAUUGAUAGAAUACUAGCGAAAAACAAAUCAUGUGCACCAUAAAAAAUAACACUAAAAUAAAAUUGCCAUGGAUUUUUCAGAAUCGAACAUGAUGAUCACUAGCAUUUAGCCAUGAUUACCCAUGUACCAGGUCAUUGCAUGUAUAAAUUCCCAUGAGUGACAAAGAAAUCCGUCACACAUUCACAAUACACGGAGAACCAAUCGAGUCAAAUCAAACGGUUGAAGUUUUUUCUGUGAAAAGCAGCUUUGUGGACGGUCAAAUCUCGUAAACGCAUAUCUGAAAUUAGCGGUUGCGGGCAAUUUGACUAUAGUGAUGAUACCAGGUGUUCGCGAAGGCAAGUCAAGUGUUCAUCUGAAAAAAAAACACAGGAACAUAUGUUACAAGUCAAAAUAGGAUAUUGCAUCACUCAUAUUUUUUGUCACUGAUGCAUCAAUCUUGGAAAUGCCUUCCAUAUUUUUUAACUGAAUGUUUUGAAAGCUUUAUUGAGACCUUGAACGUUGUAAACCUGAUUAAACACCUUUCGAGCAAGAGUCGUAUGGCGUUGUUUGAAAUCUUCGAAAGAGCGUGCAUGGCAGUACGCCAGAAGUUGUGAAAUGUUGACACUGAAGGCUGGAGCUGCUGAAUUAUUGUUCAACAUGAAGGGAAAGUUUACUUUUGGAACGUUGAAGUCCUCCCUCUUGUCAUGCAGUCUUGAGGGGUUUUUUUUAUCUUUAUGCACAGAUCUAAAUAUGAUUUUUUUGU